AUGUUGAUGCUGCCUACUAUUGCGCCUGCCUUGGCGGAGUUUGUCUACGAUAAGGAUAUCAGCUUUACCCCGUUCACUGAACCAGAUGAGAUUCCCUAUUUUGGGUGCCUCAUGGCCAUCCAUCGCAAUGCGCGUCUGCUCUGCGUCGCCAAAGACUCGGCAAAACACAUUUGUCUUUGCUGCCAGAACUCAAGAAAGAAAUGCGGGUCUCGAGCCGUCGCCGAACAGAUCCCGGACCCGCUCAAGUUGUCGAGCGACGAUCCUGACGUUGCUUUGACCAUCCAGACACAAGACUCUGCGGCGAACCGCGAGUUGCUCUCCUUGCAACUCCUCCAGUCUGCUGGUGCCAAUUUUUCCCUUAAGGAAAUGCAGGCUCGAGUUGCGGCCGCGACGCCAUUAUACGCUCGCGAUGACUCGAAGGCUGUCCGUAUGCGCAAGGCGCUCCAUCGUCUCCCCAAUGCCGACAAGACCCCCUAUGGGCCUGAUGAUGGGGACCUCGAGGAUUUACCCCUGGAGCUUAAUGACACCCUCAUCGACCAGAUGAACGAAGCCCGCCACAGUGGGUGUUCUGCUCCUGUCUGCCCCCCUGUGUUUGUCGGAAUGGUACCCGUCAAGCGAGGGCCUGCCCAGGCCACACCGCGUAAGCGCAAGGCCUAG